AUGCAGACGUACACGCCUAUUCAUCUUGCGACAAAGCCGUCGAAAGAUCGCCUGCUGGAAGAGUUCCGAGGAAAAUCCCUGCAUGCCGUCCGGACACCUGCGAUGGUCAUCGACAAGGCCAUCUUCGCCAAUAAUUGCGGCAAGAUGCACGCAAGAGCCAAGGAGUGGGGCGCCGCCUUCAGGGCUCACCUCAAGACUCAUAAAACCGUGGAAGGGACUCGACUCCAAAUGCGAUCCAGUGAAGACAAGACUGGGGCUGUGAUCGUUUCGACAGUCAUGGAAGCUUGGGAGGUCGUAGAAGCUGGCUUGUUUGCGGAUGGAACAGUGAACGAUCUCCUCUAUGGCGUACCAGUCGCCAUUAACAAGAUAGCUGACUUGACGGCGCUUCGAGAGAAGAUAUCGGCUUCUGGAGGGUCACUUCGGUUGAUAGUAGACCAUCUAGAACAGGUCCGAGCAUUGGAGGCAUACCAGAAGGCGCAAGGCGUUACUCCGCUUUGGUCUGUAUUCAUUAAAUGCGACGGGGGUCAAAAGCGAGCUGGCGUGCCGCCUGAUUCCCCGACAAUGAAGGCGUUAAUCAAAGCGAGUCUCACGUCGACUGCAGUAGAGAUAUACGGAUUCUACGCACAUGCUGGGAAUGCUUACGGCUCAACAUCCCGUCCUGGAGCAGAAACCUUCCUUAGUUCUGAGGUUGAGGUUGUUAACAAGGCUGCAGAGAUCGCCCUGUCAAUCCAAGCAUCCCUACAGAUCGAACGCGAAUGGCCGAGGUUCAAGCUCUCCGUUGGAUCCACACCGACCGCACACGCUGCGAGUGCUGAAUCCAGGGCAAUGUUGAAUAGAUUGCUGCACGGUGACUUGGAGUUACACGCAGGCAACUACCCGAUGCUCGACCUCCAACAGAAACACACGACAUUGGUCAACGAUGAAGAUAUUGCACAGUGGGUUCUCGCUACGGUAAUCUCGCACUACCCCGGGAGAGGUGUGGGCGGCAAAGAUGAGGCCAUGGUAGAUGCUGGUGCGAUAGCAUUCAGCAAGGAUACGGGGCCGUCGGGCGGAUAUGGGGACGUCAAAGGAAAGAACUGGCGGCUGGAGAGGAUCUCACAGGAGCAUGGUACCCUUGUAGCGGGAGAUGGGGCAGACCCGGUCAAAAUUGGCGAAGUUCUUGAGAUCGUCGGCCAGCACGCCUGCCUCAUUGCGGCGGCCUACCCUUGGUACUACAUCGUCGACAGCCAGGAGGGCGAUGGGCAGACCAUUGUCGACGUAUGGGUGCCAUGGAAAGGGUGGUAG